CCCGGUUAUCUGAGGGUUGUGAAGGCGGCAGCAGAUGCGCCUCCAUGCUGCUUUAAAUCCGCUAAGAAGCCACUAGUCCAAUUAACCGAGGGGAGGCGGACAUAAACGCAUGCAGGCUCUUCAACGACGAUGGAUAUGAGCGCCUUUCCGGCACAUGACGAUUUGAAACGACAGACCGCCAUAACAAAACAAGUUGGACCAGAAACGACUCAGUAUUUUCAGUGAUGUACUUUGAGCGGCGGUAGUCUCGGUUUCUGGGCUCAAACAUUAAGCCUUUAUAAGCUUCUGCAGAGUUGUGUUGUGAGGCCUGCGUCACACGGAGUUUCUUCGCUGUUUGUGGAGCAGCCUCGGUAACAUGGAAACAUACGCUGAUGUGCUGCUUGUCACCGCAAAUGUCGGCUCACUCUUUGACAAUCUUGGUGAAAUUCAAAAUGAAUGGUUACGAGAAUUGUAUAAGACGAUCCACAGCCACAAGCCGCAGUUCAUCGCCCUGCACUUCCAGGAGGUGGGAGGGAAGGACUACAUGGCCAACAUGGGACACGCCGAAAACUUCUUUUGGAUCAUUGAAUCGAGCGAGGAAAUGAAAGACUAUGACAGGGUCUGCAUCUAUGUGGACAACCAGUUCCAAACAGAAGACAGUUUCACGGCUUUGGGCAGCAUGUACUUCAUCCACAAGACACUGAAAAACAUCCAACAGUAUGAUUUUAAUGUUAAGGAUUUCAAAGCAGUGUCGGGACAGAGCAAGCACGUGGGCUCUCUGGACGGGGUCAGCACAGUGGAGAAAGAAAAAUUCCCAAAGAAUUUCUGGCCUGAUUUCAAGUGGUCGAGGAAGGGCUUCAUGAGGACCCGCUGGAUCAUACACAACCAAGGUCUGGACCUGGUUAAUGUCCACCUGUUCCACGAUGCCUCCAACCUCAUUGCCUGCAAAUCCAGUCCCUCCAUUUACUCGGCCAACCGCAAAAACGCUCUCAGAUAUGUCAUCAACAGGAUAUCAGACAGCCGGUACACUCCUCUGCCUUUCUUCCUGUUUGGAGAUUUUAACUUCCGUCUGGAUGCACUUACUCUGGUGCAGCAUCUGUCCACUUCAGCAGAUGUGCAAACAGUGAAGAAGGACAGCAGUAACGAAGUAGAGAAGAUCAUCUGCGAAGAAAAGGACAACGACCACCAGGUGCUGCUCCACAUUGAGGACAAGCUGUUUGCCUACCUGCACCAGGCGGUUUUCAGGGAGGACAACGGCAGAGCGCUGUUGAAGUAUGACAAAGAAGUCGCAGUCUUUCAUGAUGUUAUUCGGGAAGAGGACAUCGAGUUUCCACCCAGCUACCCAUACAGUGAAGAGUACACUAAACCGACCCGGUACAUGAACACUCGCUGCCCGGCCUGGUGUGAUCGCAUCCUCCUGUCACACACUGCCCAGGAAUUCAUCCACAGGGGAGAUGACGGAGACAAGAGCCUCGUUUACGACACAGUGGGUCCUAAUGUCUGUAUGGGAGACCAUAAGCCGGUUUUCUUGUUCUUCUCGCUGAAGACGAAUGACCAUUGACUUGGAUCCUUCUCAAUGGUAAGUGCCAGUGAGUGUGUUUUCUAUACUAUACAGCAUGUGGAGGUGUAUGUAGGUCUAUGUGGU